UGAUUGGUGUCAAGACGCGUCGAUUGAUACCACUCUCGAUUUUUUCCGUCCAUUUUGAUCUGGUUCCGCUAAAGUGCACUACUACCAUAUUGGGUACCGACAAUUCCGCUAAAGUACACUACUACCGUAUUGGGUACCGACAAUUCAGCACACCACUAUUUGACAGCUGAACUCCACCAUUUAAUUUGCGUAUGCAACCAAAGGCGCAAGCGUGGUUCUUCAAGGUGUUUUUAUUUAAAAAUUGUGAUUAAUUGGUAGAAACUAAAGGAAUAAGCGUAUCGUAUGAAAACAGUUCUCAUAUUAUCGUUUUCAUAUGCCCGACAAAUUUCUAGGAAAGUUUUAGCAAGACAGUAAAACUUAAUGUCAUGGAACCGGUAGAACCAGUCGCAGUGUUUGUUUCCAGCGAAGCAUUGACAUCUCCAAACUUCCUCAAUUUUGAUGAAACCACAUUUGACGCAAAUUCUGAAGGGAGUUACUGUCAACAACGACGGGCACGAUUUAUUUUGCUCACCGAGCAUAAUUCAAGAUAAAAAUGGACCGAAUUACUCUUUUGGAUUGGAAAGUCGUUAUGGUAGCAAUGAAGAUCGAACUGAAUUAGCUACUCUUCUAUGCAGCUGGAAUUUGGGACAUCUAUACGAUUUCUUCGUGCAGCAACAAUUGUUUAUAGGCAUCCUAAAGCACGUAUCAAAAACAAUUGCUGAAAAUCUUUUUGUAAACACUGAUAUUUCCCUUGGUGGUCCGAUGGAGUUUUUUUAUCAAUGGUCGCAAUGGAUCAAAUCCUUUGAAAAGUCCACUACAUCGCCAUGUUUGGCGAACGAGCAUCUUCAGUGCGAUAAAUCUACCCAAUCAAGUGAAGGUCGGGGAAACAAUUUAGGUGUUAUUUCACAAAGUUCAACGGAUAACAAUAGUCAAGUUCUGGUGGCUAAGACAUCAAUCAAUUUGAUUGAUAUUAUUAACUCAAAUUCAUACGGCAAAAGCAUGGUUGAAACAUAUAAGAAACAAAAGACCAUGGAUGAUAAUUUACGCAAGCUUUUAGUUGAAUCGGUUUUACAACAUUGUAUAAUGAACAACCACGAUCUUUGCGUUACUGAUUGCGCUUCUAUUUCACGUCAAAUUUGCGAAGUAUUCCCUGGCGAGUUGCCGGUAAACAAUUAUUCUUACUUCAUUUCAAAAUUCACCUUCUGUUUAGUAUAUCCAUAUAUGUAA